GCACAUUAUCGUGACCUCCGUCCAGGCUCAAGGUUUUCAUAUUCAUUGCGACUAUUAUUUGAGUCUUAGAUCUCGAUUGUCGUGUACACUGCGAAUCUGGCCCCGGCAGGCUCCUAGAUUGACCAAAUUUUGCAUCGUGUGUUCCUCAACAGAUCUGAUAGUCAGCCGGGACAUAGUUUUUCGAUCACGACUUCUAAUCGUCGAAGGCCCACGAAAUGCCGAAGCGGACGUUAUUUACCAACAUUACUCCUCUCCCUCCACAGGUAUCACGCGAGGUCGCGAUCGCCAUGCUCCACAAUCAUGAUGAAAUGAUCGAACUGAACCCAAUGGUCAUCGAACACCACCCUAUCAAGACCCCGAGAGACGCCCCUGCCGACGAAUUUCUGGACUGCGUCUGGCAGGAACUUACUGACAAAGUCAACUAUCUACCUGGUGGGAUGAUGAAAGGAAAGGUGACAUACAGGGCCUGCUUUCACGACACGCCUCACGGACUGCAAACCCAUAUAUACGCGCCGACUGGCCUAGACAUUCGCGAGAAGUGGUCGAUAGGUGGAACGUUACCUGGCGAACCGCCGGAGCCUCGAGAGCUGGGUGUUGAUGUCCCCAGACAAGGCUUGUACCUUCGUGAGGAUUGUGAUAUGCGAUGCAAUAGGGUAUUGUCAGGAUUCGUGCGCAAAAACCUCGACAAUGCGCACAAGGUGCUGAUUGAGCGUAUCAUGAAGAAAGCAGAGCGAGUGGAAGAUUUUGUGAAGACUUCGGCAUAUCCAAUGACGCCAGCCAGUCCGACUAUGCCUUUUCAGCCUGGAUCUGUUAUGGCUAAUUCGCAGCUGCUUCAGACCCCUAUCACUGCAAAGCCGAUGUCGCCUCAGAUGCUAUCACCACAACAAGAUCUUGGAUGGCAAACCCUGGCCAACCACCCUGCGUACCGAGUCGACGACAGACGAAUUAGCAGCUAUGGCCCGCCAGCUUAUCAGCAGACUACUCAGCCGCAACGAUUAAGUUACUACGCAUCAGUAAAUCAGUCACAGGGUGCAAAGGAAUUUCGGGCUGAACUGGAAGGCUCGACAUAUCAUCCCACGCAUCUGACUCCUCCUACUCAAUAUAACCCUUCGUUAGACAACCGUAUGAGUAUGGUGUCUGAGUUGUCUAGUCAGGACGCAACUCCAAGGGGUUCGCCCAACCCGCAGGCAUACUCAGACCGAUCGAGCAUGAUCUCAGAAAUUCCUGGAGACAACAGAUGGAGUUCUCAGGAAUACAGAGCAGGCAGCAACCGGUCGGAAGGUUCGGGUCGUUCGGAUCGGCAUAGCACGAUAUCCGAGCUGCCUUCUCAGCAGCAGCAGCAGCAGCAGCAACAAUAACAACAGACUGCAAGAAGUUCGUCUCCGCCUCGGUCAUGACGACCAGGCUUUCUCUGGAGAUGUGACGAGACGUACUGCUUGUCUGCUAUGAGUGUACAGCUUGCGAGCGUGUUUUCGAGCAUGGCGUUCCGGAAAAACAUUGAUUUGGGUAGCCAAGUAUCUUGUCUAGAUCACUGAGAAGAUCAAGUAGCAUGAAUGGAGAGAUUUGCACAACCCCAUCUCACGUCGCUGGUAUGUUGUCAUCAACUGCGUAUCAUGUGUACCGUUGGUCAUCAACGGCGCAGACGCAGAGUGACCGCUUCUCAUUUUUGCAAGGCAUGAUCAGCAGGUACAAUGGUACCUAAAGUUAGUACGCAUAAAGUAAUACUAAGUUUUAAGUGUUGUUGAUGUUCUUUUGGUGUGAUGGAGAAGAUGAUCG